GGUAUUACUAUUCCAAUAAUCCCCCGUUAUUUAAAGCAAAGGUGUUCCUCGUUUCUCCUUACAAUCGGCGCUGUACACUGACGCGCACGGAACAUACAAGGAACUAACAACCCACCACCACCACCGAGAAGCCUCAUUCAUCAUGCAGGCAGAAGUAGAGGCGUUUUACGCAGAGAACUUGACGGCCAACGCGCGCGCCGUCCUCGCCGCCGAAAGGGACCGUCUGCUCGCCUUCUGUGCAGACGUCCUCCAGGCGCACCCCGACUGCCCGGGCAUCGCCUUCGUCACGAGCGGCGGCACCACCGUCCCACUCGAGGUGAACGCCGUCCGCUUCAUCACAAACUUCAGCAGCGGCGGCCGUGGCGCCCACCUCGUCGAAGCGUUGGCGGAGCGGGGCUGGGCGUGUGUGCUGAUGCACCACCGCACCGCCGUCAUGCCCUUCCGACGUGUGCUCGACUCGAUGAGCGCUGCCGAGCUCUUCGACGUGAUGUCGCCCAACGCCUCUUCCACGGCAGCGGCCGACUCGCCCAAGGCGGCGGAGGCGCGACGGAUGGCGGAGUUGCACCAUCGCACAAGGAACCUGAUGCACUACAUCGCCUUUGAUACGGUGGUAGAGUAUAUUUACCUGCUGGAGGUGGUGUCGCGCACCCUCUGCGGUCCCGCCCUUCCCCGUGCACUGCAGCUGCGCCCCUGCCUCUUCUUCGCGGCCGCCGCGGUGUCGGACUACUACGUGCCGCUGCCGAAGAUGUCACGCGAGAAGAUCAGCGGCGGAGACGGCCUGACGUUGCAGCUGUCCAACGUGCCAAAGAUCCUGCUGCUGGUGCAUGACGAGUGGCUGCACCGCGGUGCCCCCGAUGCAAAGCAGCCGUUUGUCGUCACCUUUAAGCUGGAGACCUCCGAGGAGACGAUGAAGGCGAAGGCGAUCAAAAACCUGCACGCCUAUCACUGCGAUGCGGUGGUGGCGAACAUGCUGCAGAGCUACAAGGAACGGGUUCUCCUCUACACCCAGGGCGGCGACGACAGCGCGCCGGUGUUGGUGAAGCGGGAGGCUGACAAGUCGCUCGAAUCCGCGCUCUGUGACGUGCUCAUUCCCCGUAGUUAA